AUGUAUGAACUUCUUGACGAGGCAUAUAUGAAAGCAAAUGUUCCUAAAACGAAUGCUUUUCAGAUGUGUCAAGCAUCUGGCUACCAUACAGGUUCAGAGCAAUGGAAGAAAAGAGCAGCAAAAAUUGAGUUGAAUGAAACCCAAAAGCAAGAAAUUAAAGAGGCCUUUGAUUUAUUCGAUGUUGAUGGGUCUGGAACCAUAGAUGUGAAAGAAUUGAAGAUUGCAAUGCGGGCCCUAGGGUUUGAACCAAAGAAAGAAGAAAUUAAAAAAAUGAUAACUGAAAUUGACAAAAAAGGAACUGGCACCAUUGGUUUCGAAGAUUUUUCUGCCAUAAUGAGUGUGAAAAUGAGUGAAAAAGAUGAAAAAGAAGAAUUACUGAAGGCUUUUAAAUUAUUUGAUGAUGAUGAUACAGGAAGCAUAACACUAAGUAAUAUCAAGAGAGUUGCCAAGGAACUAGGGGAAAAUUUAACAGAUGAUGAACUUCAGGAAAUGCUUGAUGAAGCUGAUCGUGAUGGAGAUGGAGAAAUAAAUGAAGAAGAAUUUUUGAGAAUGAUGAAAAAGACCACUCUUUAUUAA